AUGUCCUGUGCUGUAUUUUCUUCUUUUGAUAUUAGCCAGGUAUUAGUGCUACUCGUGCUGACUGCUGCUCCUGUCCUCAGCAUCGGCACCAAUGGGACUCACUCCCAAAAGAUACUCAUCGGCUUCCAAGCUCCCUGGAACUUGUCUCUGCCCUUCAGCGCCCUCCGUCUGGGCUCAGCCAUGCAGAUAGCUGUGGAGAAAGUAAACUCCAAUCCCUCUUUUCUGGGAAACUACAGUUUGGAUUUUUCCUAUACAGAUUCAGACUGUGAUCCUAAGGCUUCCUUAGGAGGGUUCAUUAACCAGGUGUGGAAACAAAACGUAUCUGCACUCUUCGGUCCAGCCUGCCCUGAAGGAGCAGAGGUCACAGGUCUCAUUGCAUCCACUUGGAAAAUCCCCAUGUUUGGCUUUGUAGGGCAAUCCUCCAAAAUGGACAACAGUUUUAUUUAUGAUUCAUACAUCAAAGUUGUGCCUCCACUUAAAAGAAUCUCAGAAGUCCUGGUUAAGACCCUGGAAUUCUUUGGAUGGAGUCAAGUAGCUAUGAUUGGAGGGGGGCUUGAUUCAAACACUUGGGACAAGGUUGAUGAUUUAUGGAAAACUGUUGAGGAUCCUCUGAAAGCUAAAUUCACAGUAACUGCAGCCAUCAAGUUUGACACCAGCAAUCAUCAUCUCAUUCAUCGAAAUGUUAAGUACAUCUCGACAGUUGCCAGAGUGAUUGUGGUGCUGACAAAUACUGAGGACUCCAUGGCUCUGUUGCUGGAAGCUGAGAAACUGGGAUUGAUGAAUGGAGAGUAUGUGUUUUUCCUCCUGCAACAUUUUGAGGUCAGUGGCAAAGUGGAUAACCUGUGGAAAUAUGCCUUUAAUGACAAGGUAAACCAGGCUGCCAUAAGAGCCUUUGACAUGGCCUUUGUCAUUGGCCAGAAGUCCUAUGAAGGUUAUGAGUAUUAUGACUUCUUUGAGCAAGUUUUUGAAAGGCUGAAAGGCAACCCGUUUCAGAGCAACCUGACAUCUAUAAGAGAGGUUAGCCCCUAUGCUGCCUAUCUGCACGAUGCAGUGCUUCUUUAUGCCAUGGGGCUGAAGGAGGUCCUCAAAGAUGGCAAAGACCCUCUUGAUGGACGCUAUCUCCUGCUCCAACUGAAAAAUAAAAACAACAUCCGAUUUUAUGGUGCCUCUGGACUAGUCCACUUUGAUGAUGAGGGGGAGAGAAACUUAGACUACGCCAUUUACGACCUACAACAUACUGAAGAUACCACGAAGUUUAUGCCCAUCCUCAAUUUUGACAGUCAGACCAAAACUGUCCGGCCAACGUCUAGGUUUGCAUCUGUGGUGUGGCCCAAAGGAAAACCUCCAUCUGAUAACCCAGAAUGCGGAUUCAACAAUGAACUCUGUGAAUGGCUACUCAAUGAUAUUGCCCUGGUGAUCUUGCUGGUGACCUUCCCAGUCAUUGGUGUGCUAGCCGUCUUGUGCAUUUGGAUCCUCACUCUGCAGAAACUACGGCUUCAGAACAGGCUCGAUGACUCCUGCUGGUGGCUCAUCAACUACAGCGACAUCACGAUCAUCAAAGAGCCCUCAGCAGCACGGGCUGCAUCUCUGAGCACCACCACCAGCAAGAGCGGGAGUGGCUCCCAGUCCAUCAUCUCCUGUAACAGCUUUGGCCUGAAGGACAAUGCCGGCAAAGAGCAUGUCUACUCCACUAUAGGCCUGUUCCAGGGAAAUCAUGUGGCCAUCAGACACAUGGGUAACAAGCAUAUCAGUAACAUCCAGAAACCCUCUGUAGUCGCAGAGUUAAAUGCGAUGAAAGAGAUGAAGCACGAGAACUUGGUGCAGUUCUUUGGAGUGUGCUUUGAGCCCCCAAAUGUGUGUUUGGUCCUGCAAUACUGCAAGAAAGGAAGUCUAAAGGAUAUUCUGAGGUCUUCAGAUAUUGAGCUGGACUGGAUGUUUAAAUUGUCUUUUGCUUAUGACAUUGUCAAUGGAAUGGAGUUCAUUCACAAGAGUAGUAUGAAGUCCCACGGGAACCUGAAGCCCAGCACAUGUCUCGUGGAUAGCCGACUCCAGGUUAAACUGUCUGGUUUUGGACUGUGGGAGUUCAAAUAUGGGACGAAAAACAGGCUCAUCGCAGAAGAAAAUCUCAAAUCUGAAGAAUUGUACUGGACUGCUCCAGAGCUUUUACGACAGUUCAGUCCCCCGUUCUGUGGGACACCCAAGGGCGAUGUCUACAGCUUUGCCAUCAUCUUGUGGGAACUCAUCUGCAGCUCUGAUGGUGGCCCAUACCAUGACGUCAACCUGGAGCCAAAAGACAUUGUCAAGCAGCUGCAGAACCCUCCGAAGGGGGAGCCCCUCCGACCGUCACUGUCUGACCAGCUUUGUGAUGAGACCAUCAACACGUUACUGAGGGCCUGCUGGAGCGAAAACCCAGACCACCGGCCACCAUUUGGAUCUAUACGGAGCAGGCUGAAGGAGACCAGUCCAGAGAGUCAUGCAAAUAUACUGGACAAUAUGAUGGAAAAGUUGGAGAAAUAUGCAAAUCAUUUGGAGGAUGUAGUGGAAGAAAGGACCAAUCAGCUCACAGUCGAGAAGGCGCGUGCAGACAAGCUUCUCUCCAGCAUGUUGCCAAGGUACAUCGCAGAUCAGCUGAUGGCGGGGAAGUCAGUGGAGCCUCGUGGCUACGACAUGGUGACCGUCUUCUUCUCUGACAUCGUGGGCUUCACCGCUAUGUGUUCUGUCAGCUCUGCCAUGGAGGUGAUAACCCUCCUCAACGACCUCUACAGCCUUUUUGAUGACAUCAUCAAGUUGUACGACGUCUACAAAGUGGAAACAAUUGGAGAUGCGUACAUGGUAGCCAGCGGUUUACCGAUUAGUAAUGGCACCAAGCAUGCUUUGGAGAUUGCCACAAUGGCUCUGCAUUUCCUGUGGGCAAUCAAGGUCUUCAAAAUCCAUCAUAUGCCCAAUGACAGUCUAGCACUUCGCAUCGGGAUACACUCAGGUCCAGUGGUUGCUGGAGUGGUGGGCACCACUAUGCCUCGCUACUGUCUCUUUGGCGAUACGGUGAACAUGGCCUCUCGAAUGGAGAGUAACAGCUUACCCCUGAAGAUUCAUGUGUCUCAGAGCACUGCUGACAUUCUCACCCAGAGUGGAUUGUUUGUGAUGGAGGAAAGAGGGGAGAUUGAAAUAAAGGGCAAAGGGAGUCAGAAGACCUAUUGGCUGCUGAGCAAAGAUGGCUUUAACCCUCCUGUUGCCAGCUCUCCUCCAGCUGUGAUUCUCAAACAGCUGACAGAGGUCAAACCAAUACUGGCCAGAGACCUCGAGAAAAAGGUCCAGAAAUCGCUGACCAAAAUUCAAAUGACUCAAGUGUCACCGAUGACGACAGUGAACACCUAAAGAACCAUGGGAUAUUCUCACCGUAUUUGGUUAUUUUCUGAUUGUCAGGCAGGAAACAU